CUACGCAUAUUAUGUCAGCGGCUACUGUGCACUUGGUCCACGAUGGGAUGCUCUUCCUGCUGCUAAUCUACGGACUCGUCGCACUAGUCAAACCCGUGGCCGGAUCAUCGUUGGCUCUGUGUGAAGGUGGCCAGACAUGUCUUCCACCGAAGGAAUGCUGUGCCCAGGGCUGCUGCUACCUCUAUGCACCACCGGGCGCACCACGCGUCCCGAUGGCGAACAACGAUCACGUGCUGAGCCUGCUGUUUGUGAACCAUUGGUACUUCUGGUGUUUCGUACUGGCCAUCGUGCUGGCCCUGCUCUGCACCUGUUCGUUGUGGAAGAAGAGGCGCCAGCUGUGCGGUUGGGACACGUCCGCCCGGCACUCACAGUCGGAGGGUGAUUCGGCAGGUUCGUGCUACGCACCGCCCCAGUACAGCCGGUGCAACUCGUUCCAUAUUCAUGCACCACCACCGUAUACGGAGGUUGCAUCGAAACCCGACCUAUACCCGCUCGUCUUCAGCUACACCGAUCCGGGCAAGGGUAAUGGGGCGAACUACCUGAUGGUGCAGUACUUCCGCAACUACAUCGUCCAGCCGGUCGGUUCCAUAUCCGGCACUAGCACGGUCGAUUCGCUCAGCUCCAGCUUCAUCUGUAAUGCCAACGAGGCAAACACGCUAGUGCCUCCGCCGUACUCACGCGCCGCCAGUCCCGAGCUGACGAUGUCUUUCCGCAACUACCUGAUGCCACGUUCCGCCUCGCAACAGGUAUGCCUUACGGCGUUCGACCGGUCGGCCGGAGGGCUGCAGCCGGCCCAUGUGCAGGGUUCACGCAGCCAAGCCAGCUACCAACGGGACGACGAUUCGCUGCUGGAUCAGCAGCAACAGCAACAGCAAUGUAUGCUGUCCCGCGAACAUCAGCGCGACGAAACAGGUCCAACAGACGGCACACUCGUUACCUCUACAAUCAAUCACACUAGCAUAAGCAGCAACAAUGUGUCCUUAAUGGAGUGUCCCGAGAUGGGUGAGCGUGGCGUCGGUAGCUACAAUCCUCGCCGGACCAAUUACUUGAACCACGGACCAAGCCAGCGCACGCCGACCACCGCCACCUCAAUAGCUAGCACGUCGGCGAACGAUGGCACCGGGCUGGUGCACUGUGCCGAACAGCGUACAGCCGUUGCGGCCAGCACCGAAUCUUUCGACGGAACUCAGCAGUCACACAGCAAUAGCAUACAUCCGGCGAACCGUUACACCACCAGCGAAAACUGUGAUCCCAACAUCUCGCAAGCGAACCGCGCUCUCCAGCAGAGCACACUAGUGUGCAAACUCUGCUGCUCGCUGGGCGAUAUAACGGCUGGUACACCGAGCGACAGGCGCUUCUACCACGCGAAAGAUCUGAGCGCGCUGCACAAGAGUCUCGAAACCUGUUGCCACGUGAAUCUGCACGGUGGCAACGCACGUGAGGCUGUUCGCCUGACAAGUUUGCAGCCUGCGGACAGUGACGACAGCUCCAUAUUGCAUACCGGUGUGGUGCGCAAGCACGACUCACGAAUGCGUAACUCGUGCGUGGUCUCUAGCGUGGGCUCGAACGUGUCAAGCCUUGUCAACCUGGACACGUCUAGCUCACCGCCGAGAGCAACCAGCCCAACGGCUGAGGUACGCGAGCUGCUCGAACAGAUACGGCUGCUCCAUAGUGACGGUAGCCAAGCGCAGGUUGCCAGCACAACCGAACUAGACCAGGCCGAUGCACGCCCUGACAGUGGUGCGAUGGUAGAACAACGCAGUACUGCAGGACCAGCGAGCUAUAGACGGCCCUCGUCACUGAUCGGUCGUCGCAGCAAGCUGUUUUCGAAACAGUCCGGCUCCCAGGGACAUGGCAGCAGCAAGGGCAUGUACAUACCGAUCUCUUUCACUCAAAGCUUCAUGGCACCGGGAACGGGCGGACGGCAUCUGCGCAGUCCCGCCUCGAUGUCUAGCGCGGCUAGCAGCUUUCUGAAUCGUGGCCGAAGUCGCUACUGCUGGAUGUCGAAGUCGGCCCCAACAACGCCCGGCGCAGGACCGGCCAGCUUUGCCGGAGGGACACUCAGCGAUAAUCGGCCGCUGCUACUAACCGAACAGGAGGAGGACGGUGAACAGAAUGUCUAG